CAACAGGGAUAGGUCGAACAAGUAGCAUUAUUUGGAAGUUACACAAGAAUUUAGGAUAAAGGUCAUUUUAUGGCGAUUACUCGAUUUCUUCGCAAAAACAUAGUGUGCAUAUAAUUCCCAGUCAUUACCGCUACUCUGAUAUUCCUGGAUUGGAAUCACACCAGGAGUUGGAAAGCCUUGAAAGAGAAGUAACAUGGCUAUUUUUGGAAUCACCACCCGCUAUGUCUGGUUUGCGAUCCCACUCACUGGGUUUUUCAUCGGCAAGUACCUGGAUGACCAGGAGACCCUCAGGAUGACAAAUUUCAGGGACAAGUCCAAGCUAUACGGAGGGAGAGUGAAAGAGGGCGAAGCCCCUUCUUGGCCUAGUGUUAUGUAUUAAUAAUAGUGUACCUUGUCUCUUUGAAUGGUUUGUGUUAGUUUUAGAGUAGGUACCAGUUUAAUUUUAUAAGUUAAACAGUUUCAGUGUUACGCAACUGUACUCUAAAAUGGUCCAUAAUUUUUGGUACAUUUGUGUAUGUACUUGUAACUAAGUUUCAAUUAUUGGUGGUAGUUAGUUUAUAAAGUAGUAGGCAACUUUAAUCAAGUAUCUUACAUUACCCAGUUUAAUGUUCUUGAUUGGGGAGAGAUUGUGAAAUAAGCACUGAUAGUGAGGAACCCGAAUGAAAAUACACAAAUUCUUUAUAACUUAGUUUUAUUCAUGAGUAAAUAACUUAAUUUCACUGAGCUGAAGAAUUUAAAUUAAUGAAGUCAUAAGUUUUAGGUAUUAGAAAUUACAUUCAUAAGGUAGUUAAUGCAGUUUUAAAAUCAACUAAUCGAACAAAUAUUUAUUUCAAAACGAUUUUCUUUCUUUUCAUAAAAGACCUAUAAUAUUUUUGGAUUGAAAAACAAUUAUGAAGAAUUUUGUGUAAUUACAGAACAAAUUGAAUGGCAUUUAAAAACUAUUUUUGUAUAAAACAAAGCUGUGAUAAUUACAAGGAGCAAAGACGAGAAAUUAUCAGAGUGGACAUCAACAGAUGCUAGUCUACCGAUAUAUUUAUAAUUUAAAAUAAUUAUUAUCGAUACAAACACGAUAUCUGGUACUAAGGCAGUGUUCAACAAUCAACAUUUUGUAACAAGUGGACCACACAACAAAAUUAGCUAAAAAUCACGUUAAUAUUAAAUAACAAAGUACGUCUUGGUCUUCUUUUGAAUUUAACUCCUGAAUAGAUUAAAUUUCGAUAGGAAAAUGGUAGAAGUUUCAAGAAAAGGAGCAAUUGAUAUGAAAUGAGUAUAAAAUUGUUCCUCUCAUUUAUCAGACGCUAAAAUUAAUAUCCUGCCCCCUGAAUAAAUAAAAUAACAUCUAUGAAUAUCCCUAAAAUACUUUCUCCUUCAGAUACAGCUUCUUAAAAACUUCAAGUUACUGAAAUUGUGUUGUAUGGUCCAGUUGCUAAAGGAGCCGCGUGUAGGUAUUCGCUAGAAGGCAACUUGUUCACGGCAUGGCCGCCAUUAUACGUGACACACUGACGUAUAAGCCAACAACAUACUUAGUUAACAUGCAUCACCACUUGUAAUGUGUAAGUGACCUGGGGUGAUAGAAAAAAACGCGUCAAGUAAAACUUUUCUUCAUUGAAUUUAACGUAAGAUUUAAAACAUUGAACUGUUUCUCUGUCACAACAUAUUUUUUGUCUACUCACUCAUCAAUUUAAUUAAUUAACAUUAAUGUUUCACAUUAAUAAUUUUGGUCCUAUUUUUUCCAAGAAAUAUGCUUUUUUAUAGAUUCUGUCAUUUACCACAAGAUAAAUAACAAACAAACAUUAAUUUUCAUUUUCUAACACCCGGUCACCCUCCACACAAUUAAAUAUUAAUUCAUAAAAAUAAAACACUCGUGAAUUCGCAUUCCCAAUAGCUGUACAUUACAAGACUAGAAUACCUAAACCAAUAGAAGCACAAAUAACUUUUAAAAUCAACGUUUGCGUUCCUUCUCUAACCUAUGAUUAUGACACAGAGCACUAUACUUACAAUCCAUUUACACAUUUUCAAUAUACAAUAUAUUUUUACACGCCCUAUGACGAUAAUAUUUUAUCACAUUAUUUAGUUACAUAAAAUUAAUGGAACAUCAGUAACAGUCACUAGACAACGUACAAUAAUUUUAAUGACUUCACAAUGAUGACUAUUUUUAACGUUUUUCGAUAUAAAAUUCUAUGAGUCAUACAUGCUAUAAAUAAAUAUUAUUCAAUGUGAUAAUAUUGCU